GUGAAGCUGUGUGGUUUAUUUUUGUCUUAGCUGAGAAUACCGAACUACACUGACGAAGGUUAGAGGACUGCAGGGAUGGAAGUUGAGUAACUUUACCUCUGGUUUCUGGGACAGUGUGUUGGGAGGUCUGAGGUCUCAUCAGUGUAGUGGUCAAUAGACUGGCAGUUUGGGAGCACAUCACACGGCCCAGAGCAGUCUGAACGGAGAGACAGCCCAGCCCAGAUCAGUAGACUUUCAGCUUGGAAACACAAAGAACACAGCAGAGAGCAGCCUGAACCAGGAGCCUGACACGGCCCAGAGCCCAGAGCCCGGCACCGUCCGACCAGACCAGGAGCCUGACACGGCCCAGAGCCCAGAUCCCAGCACCGUCCGACCAGACCAGGAGCCUGACACGGCCCAGAGCCCAGAGCCCAGAUCCCAGCACCGUCCGACCAGACCAGGAGCCUGACACGGCCCAGAGCCCAGAGCCCAGAGCCCAGCACCGUCCGACCAGACCAGGAGCAACUAAGAGAAGGAUACCUCUCUCUCUUUUCUUAUUUUGCUCCCCACCCACUCGCUGCCUGCCACCAUGGCUCUGAGGCUGCUCCCGGCCUUCUCCAAUGAAGACGAGGAUGAUGAUGGGAACUUCACCAACUGGAUGAGCAGCUACUGGGGCCACGGUGCUGGAGAGGGAGGCAACAGGACUACAGAGAGGAAACGCAGCUUCAAGAGACCAGCACGGUCGCAGACUGAACGCCGAGCCUCGCUCCCCUGUAUGUCCCAACUAAACGUCAUGCAGCUGAGUCAUCUCCAUGCAGCAGGUGCCGACGGCAUGGCGCCUACGCCCGUCCACAUGAAAUCCCUGGAGAAGAAAGGGUCAGAGGUAAGGAACCACCCCCGAGCUCGCCGUGUGUCCUCCGACGAAAACAACAGGGUCAAAUCAGCCAUCCCAGAGACCCGCAUCACCACCAUCCCAGAGCUGGCAGAAUCCUUCAAUAGGAGAAUGAGGCUCCACAACAAGAAGAGGGAUGUGGACAACCAUGAAGACAUGUGUAACGGAGGAGGAGGAGGAGUCCAGGAGUUGCAAUGCUCACACCGCUUCCACAAAGAGGUGGCCAGCAGAUCGGAGGCGGGGCGUCCCCGGAGCGGGAGCACAGCCGGAGUGUGUGAUAGAAGGAAGUCUGUGAUUGGAGGAGAGGAGAGGCGGAGCUCUGUCGAGGGGCCGUUCAGCAAGGUGCAGGAGGACUACCGUAUCCCCCAACGCCAACUCUCCCUUAGGAGACAACGCUGAAGAAAAAAUAACUUUUCCAAAAUUGCCAGGUUUUCCAGUAAUCCUGGUUGGAGGAUUCCUGAUUUCCUUCUAAUGUCCUCCGGAUUCCGGGGAUCCUCCAACCAGGAUUUCUGGAAAACCUGGCAAUUUUGGGAAAGUUACCUAACACACAUUCAACUGUCCUUGGACCAAACAGCUCCUUUUUGACCUUUCCAACCUCAUAGACAGUGAACCAGUUGAACUCACUUUCCAAAAGGUCUGGGCCCGUAUUCACACAGUGUCUCAGAGCAGUGUUCUCAGGUCCCCUCUGUCUACAUAACCUAGGCCUGGUCUGAUCCCAGUCUUUGACUGCAUCUUUUCAACAUGGAUCCUUCACCUGUCAGUGGUUGAUGUCUUCCUUUCAACAUAACUCUCUUGAUUAGACUUACUAUGGAUCCAUAAUGUCUGUUUAAAAAGAAGAUACAGAACUGAUACAACAGAACUGAUACAGAACUAAUACAGAACUGAUACA